AUCUGCACCUCAAAAGGCUGCCCGCUUACUCUUGAAACAUCAGGCAGGGGGACGCCGUACUCCACGGGGAGAUCGUCGCCGCGGAGAGUGGAGCGACGAGGCGUUCGCCCGGUCGCGGCACCCACACGAUGCAGCCCCAGGUUCCGCCGGGCUUCUCUCCAGAACUUGAGGGAGAAGGAGAGUCCAAUGCUGCCCAUGUCGUCGAGGGAACCGUCGUCGAGGGAACAGUCGUUCAGCCGCCCUCCCAGCCCGUAACAGUCAUGUCGGACAAGGCCGCAAAGCUGAAGGAGUUAAAGGAGCUGCUCGACUCCGGCGUGCUGACGCAAGCAGAGUUCGACGCGGAGAAGGCGAAAGUCCUGGCUGGCAGCGCCCCUGUCGCUCCCGCUGCCCCUCAAGCUAUGGUUCGCGGUCAGGCACAGGUGCAAGUGUCACCCGGCGCCAUUCCGUGCCCCACCAAUCCCGCGGCGACAGGCCCCUACACCGAGAAGUGGCACGGUCCGAAUACCCAAAUGGCGAGGACACUUAUGUUUUUCGGAGGGUGCUGGCUCUGCUGCUGUUUGAUCGCAGCCGGACCCGGUCUCGAUGACCGCCAGGUAUGGACCGGCCCCGCCGGAGAGAAGUACUUGUACCCGACGGGUGAGCUGCUUCCGGCGGGUGGUGGUGUCCAUCAUGGGCAUCCUAUCACCAUUGGCCAAGGUCAAAAUUUUAUUGUCGUCGAGCACCGUGGACGGCGUGGAGGUAGACGUGGCCGCCGGUAAAUAACCGUCGACCUCGACGACGCGCCACGAGCCCGCUCGAGCUACCAAGGGUGGAGCUACCACAGAGCUGGGUUUUGGGGGCGCUAGCGCCUUGGGGAUCGAGCUAAAAACACCCGUCGGUAGGCCCG